UGGGUGCGGACCCUGCUGCUCUGCCUCACCUCCCUGGCCUGGGUGACUGGACAGCAAGGGGCUCUUUUCCCCACCACUGCCCUUAGGAUGCUGGCAGCCCAACUCACCACUCUCCGCCCCUCAGGGGAAUAACCCUGUCUGGGAAGAGAUGGUGCCUUUGAAAUCAGAGAUAGAAGGCCCCGUAGUGUAUACCUGGGCAGGCUGGACCAGGGCCCCAGGCCUCUGGAGCCACCCUCUUUGUUGGUGAGACGAACUGGCCAUGUAACCCUGCCAGGGUCACUUAAUGGUCCAUGGCACCCCAACCCCUCCUGCGAGGAGGGAAGGAGUUGUGGCUAGAGAGUCUUGCUUGCCUCCCAGGGGCUGUGAACCGGGAUUGUACCAUCACUGGCUGGUCGGAGCCCUUUCCACCUUAUCCCGUGGCCUGCCCGGUGCCCCUGGAGCUGCUGGCCGAGGAGAAAUCUUACUUCUCCACGGUGAAGAUGGUCUACACCAUGGGCCAUAGCAUCUCUAUUGCAGCCCUGCUCGCGGCCAUCACCAUCCUGGUUGCUCUCAGGAGGCUCCACUGUCCCCGGAACUACAUCCACACCCAGCUCUUCACCACCUUUAUCCUCAAGGCGGGAGCUGUGUUCCUGAAGGAUGCCACCCUCUUCCACACCGACGACACUGACCACUGCAGCUUCUCCACCGUUCUAUGCAAGGUCUCCAUGGCCACCCUGCAUUUCGCCACCAUGACCAACUUCAGCUGGCUGUUGGCAGAAGCCGCCUACCUGACCUGCCUCCUGGCCUCCACCUCCCCCAGUUCAAGGAGAGCCUUCUGGUGGCUGGUUCUUGCUGGCUGGGGGCUGCCUGUACUCUUCACUGGCACGUGGGUGGGCUGCAAGCUGGCCUUCGAGGACACUGCGUGCUGGGACCUGGACAACAGCUCCCCCUACUGGUGGAUCAUCAAAGGGCCCAUCGUCCUCUCGGUUGGGGUGAACUUUGGGCUUUUCCUCAAUAUUAUCCGCAUCCUGCUGAGGAAACUGGAGUCAGCUCAGGGCAGCCUCCGUACCCAUUCUCAGUAUUGGCGUCUCUCCAAGUCGACACUUUUCCUUAUCCCACUCUUUGGAAUUCACUACAUCAUCUUCAACUUCCUGCCUGACAGUGCCGGCCUGGGCGUCCGCCUCCCCCUGGAGCUGGGACUGGGCUCCUUCCAGGGCUUCAUCGUCGCCAUCCUCUACUGCUUCCUCAACCAAGAGGUGAGGACUGAGAUCUCACGGAAGUGGCGUGGUCAUGACCCUGAGCUCCUGCCAGCCCGGAGGACCCGUGCUAAGUGGACCGCGCCUUCCCGCUCAGCAGCGAAGGUGCUGACAUCUAUGUGCUAGGCUGCCCCAUCAUGCCCCUGGAGUCCACACUUGAACUUGGGAAGCUAUUAUGGGUCCACCACACUCUGGAAAAGCAAGGGGGCCCCCAGGGACCUUCAGGCCACAGUCCCAUCCCAGCCUGGGACAGGGGCAGCCCUCCCUGUCUCUGCCUCUGACUCUCUUUCGAGGUCUGCCUCUGACUUCUGUGGUCCCUGUGUCUGCUCUCAUCCAUUCCUCUUCCUGGGGCUCUAGCCCAUAGCUCAGAGGAGCCAAUAAACCUGUAAAUGAA